GAAGCUGCCCACGCAGGCAACGACGUCAGGGUGUCUCUACACUUUUUUUAAAAGUCUUCUUAUCUCGUCGCAGUUUUGAGCGGCUUCCUUUUCCGGUGACGCUUCGCCCCUCCCCUUCCGGUUCCCUCAGAUGGUCGGUCGCUCCCGGAACUUUGAGCCCCGCGAUGAGGAGCACGUGCUGCGCAGAAGCCGGAGGAAAAUAAAGCCGCAGCUGACGACUGGAUUCUGCAAAGACCUGCGAAUCUCUCCAUGGGGCUUACCAAGCAAUAUCUACGUUACACAGGCGCUGCCCUUUUUGGAGUGGUUGCCAGCCAAAAAGGGAAUGUUGUCUAUGUGACACUGCGGGGCGAAAAAGGUCGUUAUGUAGCAGUGCCAGCCUGUGAACAUGUUUUCAUCUGGGAUACUCGGAAAGGAGAGAAGGUUCUCAUCCUCCAGGGCCAAAAGCAUGAGGUUACUGCUCUUUGCCCAUCCCCAGAUGGUCUUCACUUGGCUGUUGGAUAUGAGGAUGGAUCAAUCCAUGUAUUCAGUCUCCUAAGUGGUGAAGGAAAUGUUACUUUCAAUGGUCAUAAGGCUGCCGUUACUGCCCUGAGGUAUGAUGAGCUGGGAGGAAGACUGGCUUCAGGAUCAAAGGACACAGAUGUCAUCAUUUGGGAUGUGAUCAAUGAGAGUGGUUUGUACCGGCUGAAGGGCCACAAAGAUGCCGUUACACAGGUGGUCCUUUUGAAGGAGAAGAAUAUCCUGGUUUCCAGUGGAAAAGACACCCUGGUGAAAUGGUGGGACCUGGAUACACAACACUGCUUCAAAACACUGGUUGGGCACCGUACUGAGGUGUGGGGAUUAGCUAUAGUUUCUGACGAAAAGCUGCUUAUCACCGGUUCUGCUGACAGCGAAUUGCGGGCCUGGGACAUCAGCUAUUUCCAGGAGGAACCAGACCCAAGUGAGCCAGAGUACAAGAGAAGCAAAGGGCUUGCAGACCACACUAGAGGAUCUUCUGAAGAGGAUAGGACAGAAGACCAGGAUGAGACGGAGGAUGAGCACAUCCUGAGAUGCGUGAAAGCUGGUUCUGUCAUGCGGGAAGGAAGGGACCGAGUUGUUAAUCUUGCUACCGACCGCACAGGGCGGAUUCUCGCUUGCCAUGGAACGGACUCUGUCCUGGAAGUGUUUUAUGUCCUUAGCGAACAAGAGGUUCGCAAGAAAAUUGAGAGGAAGAUGAAGAAAGCAAGGAAAAAAGCCAAGAAGAGGUCAGGUGUGGAGGAGGAAGAAUGUGAUAUCAUUGUGGAGUGCAGCCUACAAGACAAGAUUCAGCGUCUCACUAACAUCAAAGCUUCUUCUAAAAUCAAGUCUUUUGACUUGAUACUCAGCCCAAAAGGGGAGCUGAAAGCCACUGUAAUGCUCCAGAACAACAUAAUCGAAUCUUACAGCCUGAACCCAAGAGCGCAGAUACCCCAAGUUCUACAAGUGUCCAAAAUAACUAUUGGUGGUCACCGCAGUGAUGUCAGAACCCUGGCAUUUAGCUCGGACAACAUUGCCAUUCUCUCUGCUGCUGCUGAAUCAGUUAAGAUUUGGAACAGGUCUACCUUACAAUGUAUCCGGACCAUGGCGUGUGAAUAUGCGCUUUGUUCACUCUUCAUUCCCGGAGAUCGGCAGGUCAUUAUAGGAACCAAGACAGGGAAGCUGCAGCUAUUUGAUCUGGCUUCCGGGAUUUUAUUGGAGACCAUUGAUGCUCAUGAUGGGGGUUUGUGGUCCAUAUGUCCUUCUUCAGACCAGCGUGGCUUUGUUACAGGAGGUGCGGAUAAAUGUGUCAAGUUCUGGGAGUUUGAACUGGUGAAGGAUAAGGACAGUGUCCAAAAGAGGCUUUCUGUGAAGCAGACACGCAUCUUGCAACUGGAUGAAGAUGUUCUUUGUGUACGGUACAGCCCCAACCAAAAGCUUUUGGCUGUAGCCUUACUGGACUGCACUGUGAAAAUAUUCUACACUGAUACUCUCAAGUUCUUUUUGUCUCUCUAUGGACACAAGUUGCCUGUGCUGUGCAUGGAUAUCUCCUAUGAUGGGGCUUUAAUUGCAACUGGCUCUGCUGACAGGAACGUGAAGAUCUGGGGCUUGGACUUUGGAGAUUGCCACAAGUCUCUCUUUGCCCACGAUGACAGUGUGAUGUUUCUUCAGUUUGUACCCAAGUCCCACCUCUUCUUUACAGCAGGGAAGGAUCGCAAGAUUAAGCAGUGGGAUGCUGAUAAGUUUGAGCAUAUCCAAACCCUGGAGGGGCAUCACCAGGAAGUGUGGUGUUUGGCACUCAGCCCCAACGGAGACUUUCUCGUCUCCUCUUCUCAUGACAAAUCAUUGCGUCUCUGGGAAAGGACAAGGGAGCCCAUUGUUCUGGAGGAGGAGAGAGAGAUGCAAAGAGAAAUGGAGUAUGAAGACAGUGUAGCAAAGGAGGACCAGCCCGUGGUUCCUGGGGAGACUCAGGGAGAGGCUGGGUUAGCAGGAAAGAAGACCAUUGAAACUGUCAAGGCGGCUGAACGGAUCAUGGAAGCCAUUGAGCUGUACAGAGAAGAGACAGCCAAGCUGGAGCAGCAUAAAGUGAUCUGUAGAGCGGCAGGAAAAGAGGUUCCUCUUCCAGUAAACCCUAUUCUCCAGGCAUAUGGCAAUAUUUCGCCUUCUGCUUACGUACUAGAUGUCCUCAAGAAGGUCAAGUCAAGUGAAUUGGAAGAGUCUCUGCUGGUGCUGCCCUUUUCGUAUGUGCCCGACCUCCUUGAGCUCUUCAAUCAACACCUCCAGUUGGGUUCAGAGGUAGAACUGCUAUGCCGAGCUCUCCUGUUCCUCCUCAGGAUACACUUUGGACGGAUCACAACCAAUCAACUUCUUGUUAAAGUGAUGGAGGACCUGAAGAAAACCACCAUCUCUAAAGUCAGCCAAGUGAGGGAUGUGCUGGGAUUUAAUAUGGCCGGCCUGCAGUUCCUAAAGAAAGAAAUAGAAGCCAAGGAUGAAGUGACUUUUUUUGCUGAUGCUACUGACCGAUUUGAGGAGAAAAAAAGGAAGAGAAAGAAGAAACAGAAGAUGAUUCUUGCAAUGGUCUAAUUGGGGCAUUUUGGAUUUGUUGCUCCAGGAGAAUGCGGAUUUGUUGUCUCCAGCACAGAGGGGUGUGAGGUUCUGUGGAAGCCUAACCCGAGCUGCGUCAGAUUGUCACUCACAAAUCAAAAGGGAGGGGUCAGAGAAGGAUCAAAACACUGCCCCCCCCCACCAGCUUAUAUUUCACCAGUGGUUGCAGCUGCUGCUUUCGCUGAUCUUUGGCCUUGGCACCUUUUAAACAGACUGCUCUUCCUGCCCAUCAGCGUAGUGACCUCACAUCACACAGCCAAUUGGAUUUCGGAAUGAGUCGUCACCAAGGCUAAAUCAUAAGGACAGUACUCCCUGCCCUCACUCAAAUGGACCAGUAUUUUUGCCAGUUUUCAACAGCAUUCCUCCUCCACCACCACCGUCAAAAUUUGGUGCAGAUGUGUUGAGUGAAGCCUUUCCCAAAAUGUACUUGUUUAGCUAAUCCCUAGAAUUAAAACUUCUUUUCAUUCUA